GCUGAUAUGCAUUGAGGAUGAGUGGAGUCGGUGAAAACCCAUCUGACCCUGCCAGGGCAGAGUCACGGAAACGCAAAGAAUGUCCUGCAGAACUUCUAGGACCCAGCCCAAAGCGGAGCAACGAGAAGCGAAACCGCGAGCACGAGAACAAAUACAUCGAAGAGCUCGCCGAGCUGAUCUUCGCCAACUUCAACGACAUCGACAACUUCAACGUCAAGCCUGACAAAUGUGCAAUCCUGAAGGAGACUGUGAAGCAGAUCAGACAGAUAAAGGAGCAAGGUUUGAAGGAUGAGAAGAAGAUCCACAGCUGCCCUCAGUGCAGGCAGAGCUUCACACUGAGGCUUGUCCUGCUGAAAAACACCAUGUUAGCAGCUUUAGUGGAGGAGCUGAAGAAGACUGGACCCCCACCUGCUCCUGCUGAUCAGGAGCUGAAGAAGACUGGACCCCCACCUGCUCCUGCUGAUCAGGAGCUGAAGAUGUGGCCUGUGAUGUUAGGAAACUGA